AUGUUGCUGACAUUGCAACGAGGGGAGUCCGCCGCCAACGACCUUAAGCCAGAAUCACGAUGGAUAAAUGGCCCAGAUUUCCUAAAGUCCGAUAAGUCAGAGUGGCCCAUCGAUGAUAUUCCUGGCCCACCUUCUCCAACCGCCCAGAGGGAGAUGAAGAAGAAAGUGCUAGGAGCAAAGGUGGUUGUGCCAAAGCUUCUUGAUCCAGCCAGCUAUUCCAACUGGCUGAAGCUUGUUCGCGUUACAGCAUGGAUUCUGUGGUUCUGUCAUAACCUGCGUAAGAAAGAUCGGCGGAACGCAGAAGUUCUAAGUGUCGAAGAAUUGGAGGAAGCUGAGCUGUAUUGGAUCAAGUCUGCACAACAAGAUCGUUUUGGAGUUGAAAUCGAGUCAUUGUCGAAAGGUCAUCCUGCCGCGCAAGCUAGUUGGAUCGCAGAUCUUAAUCCACAGUUGGUGAAUGGAAUUUUACGUGUUGGAGGGCGUAUUGACAAAGCCGAACUGCCAUGGGAAGCAAAGCAUCCCAUCAUAUUAGAUCACGGACACGACAUCACUCGUCUGAUUGUCAUCCAUUACCAUCGGAAACUGAUCCACGCCGGAGUUGAGCACGUAUUCAACCAUAUACGCGAGAAGUAUUGGAUUCUACGCGGCCGUUCGGAAGUCAAGAAUUGCACCGUCAAAUGCCCAUUAUGUCACCGACGUCGCAUCCAGCCCCUGACACAGAGAAUGAGCAGCCUACCAUCUAUAUGCCUUGCCGGUGUUAGUAUCCCAUUCCAGAAUGUCGGACUGGAUUAUGCAGGACCAUUUUCUGUCCGUAUUGGUUGUAACCGAAUCGAGAAGCAUUACAUUUGCCUGUUUACGUGUAUGCACAUGCGUGCCGUGCACCUCGAAGUAGCCCACAGCCUUGAGGCAGACUCGUUCAUAAUGGCCUUACGACGUUUCCUAGCUUGGCGUGGAAACCUGGCCCGCAUUUUGAGCGACAACGGUACCAAUUUUGACGGCGCUGAGCGUGAGUUACGAGAAUCCGUUCUUGAAAUCGAUCAAAAAUGA